GCAUAUUAUAUUCAGUGUGCUGCCCUUUUGGUGAAGCAGAAUAAGAACAGAGUAGAGCUGAAAAUUACUUGCGAGCGGCCGCGCGCGGUGGGUGCCUGCCCUGUUAGGCCUCUUUUUCUGGCUCUCCGUGGCAGAAGAUGGGAGGGAAGCCUGGGAGCAAAGGGUCCCUCAGGGACGGGAAGGCUAGAGUGGUCCCGAAGAAGAGGCGUGGAGACUCCAGGCAGAGUUGGAUCUCAGAGCUCUGACUCUGAUUCAUCUGCAGUCCCUGGAAAUGCAGUGGAUAUCAACAAUGAGAGUACUUCAGAGGGAUUUAUUUGUCCUCUUUGCAUGAAAUCACAUGGAUCAGCUGAAGAACUUUUUAAACACUAUGAAGCAGUUCAUGAUUCUGGUAUUGAUACAAGUCAUGGAGGAGAAUCUAACAUGACCCCCAAAAGUGAUGACAUAACUUUACUGAGACAAGAAGUUCAAGACUUGCAAGCUUCACUUAAGGAAGAAAGAUGGUACUCUGAAGAGCUGAAGAAAGAAUUGGAAAAAGUUCAAGGGCAGAGGCAGCAAGAAUCCAAACCUGAUGGACUAGCAACUGCUGCCUCUACAGAAUUGGAAUCUUUAGAACAGCAGUUAGAAGACAGUCAAGUAGAAAAAUUUAAUAUUAAGCAAAUGAAAGACUUAUUUGAACAGAAAGCAGCACAACUGGCCACUGAGAUUGUGGAACUUAAAGCCAAAUAUGAUGAAGAAACAAGCCUUCGAGAACUUGCAGAACAGAAAGUGACUAAUUUAACACAAGAGCUACAGGAGCAAAAAGGUGUAUGUGAAGAUUUAAACACAGAGCUGCUUCAAAGACCAGGGAUAGAAGAUGUCGCAGUUCUAAAGAAGGAAUUAGUCCAAGUUCAAACCUUGAUGGAUAAGAUGACUUUGGAGUGUGAGAAAAAAUCUGAGAAAUUGAAAGAUGAGUGCAGUCAUUUGAAAGCAGAAUAUACAAAUGCAGAGGCUACCAUUAAUCAGUUAAGAGCUGAACUUGCCAAAGGACCACAGGAAGUUGCUAUAUAUGUACAAGACAUCCAAAAACUUCAAACUUCAAUUAAUGAACUGGCACAGAAAAAUCAGAGUCUAGUGGAAAAAUUAAAAAAGAAAGAAUUGGAUUAUACUCAGUUAGAAGAAAGAAAACAUGAAGAAUCACUAGGUAAAAAGAAUCUGCAAGCGACUCUUAAUCAAAAGGACUUGGACUGUCAACAGCUUCAGGCAAGAUUAUCUGCAUCUGAGGACUCAUUACAGAGAUUGCAGAAAGAAUUGUGUGAAAGGGGAGAAACAAGUCAAAAACUUAAGGAAGAAUUGUCAGAAACUGAAGCCAAAUACCAACAUCUUAAGGCAGAAUACAAGCAGCUACAACAACAAAGGGAAGAAAAAGAACAACGGAGCCUGCUGCUUCAAAAUGAACUCAAUCAGUUGCACAAUAAACUUUUGGAAACAGAACAUCAACUUGGGGAAGCACAUGGCCGACUAAAAGAGCAGAGACAGCUAUCUAGUGAAAAGCUGAUGGACAAGGAACAGCAAGUAGCUGACAUUCAGUUAAAACUUUCACGUGCUGAAGAGCAGCUAAAGGAAAAAGCAGCAAAUACAACUGAAUUGCAACAUCAGUUAGACAAAAUGAAGCAGCAGCAUCAGGAGCAACAGAAUCUUCAGCAAAGUACUACAGCAAAACUUCGAGAAGCCCAGAAUGAUUUAGAGCAAGUUCUACGCCAGAUUGGUGAUAAGGAUCAAAAAAUCCAAAACCUUGAAGCCCUGCUACAAAAGAGUAAGGAGAAUAUUUCUUUGCUAGAAAAAGAAAGGGAAGACUUGUAUGCCAAAAUUCAAGCUGGUGAAGGAGAAACAGCAGUUCUAAAUCAGUUACAGGAGAAGAAUCAUGCUUUGCAGGAACAGGUAACUCAGCUGACAGAAAAACUGAAGAAUCAGUCAGAAAGCCAUAAACAGGCCCUGGAAAAUUUGCAUGAGCAGGUGCAGGAGCAGAAGGCCCACUUAAGAGCCUCUCAAGACAGUGUUCUCUCCUUGGAAGCAACUAUCAGUGAGCUAAGUAAUCAGCUAAGUGAAAGUAAAGAAAAAGUAAUGCAACUUGAUUUGCAGGUAAAAGCAAAGACUGAAUUGCUUCUGUCAGCAGAAGCAGCAAAAGCUGCUCAGAGAGCGGACCUUCAGAAUCAUUUGGAUACUGCCCAGAAUGCGUUGCAAGAUAAGCAGCAGGAACUAACAAAGGUCAGUAUGCAGUUGGAUCAAGUUGCUUCUAAGCUGCACGACAAAGAAGAAUAUUGUAUACAGCUAGAAUCCAGUCUUAAAGAGUACAAAGAAAAGCAACUUCAUUUAGAACAAAAAACUGAAGAACUAGAAGGUCAGCAUAAGAAACUUGAAGCUGAUCUUUUUGAAGUUUCGGGACAUAAAGAAAAGGCUCUUCAAGAACUACAGCAGCAAAAAAAACACUGCACAGACUUGAGCCUCAAAGCUGCAGAUCUGAGCAAACAAUUAGAUGCAGAAAGAGAAAUGAUAUCUAGAGCCAAAUUAGACUUACAGAAAAAAAAUGAUACACUAGAAGAAGUAAGCCAACAGAGAUUAAAGCAAGAAGAAGAAAGUGCAAAACUGAAGUUAGAAAUUGAGAAAUUAAAUCAAGAUAAAUUCAAGUAUCACAAGGAAUUAGAUGGAAAGCUACAAAUGUUAACAGAUGAUUUGAAGAAAAUGAAGUUGGAAAAGGAUACUCUAUUAAAGGAACUUGAAAUCAUCAAAGGCAAACUGUCAAACAGCAGUGAAUCUUUGGAAGAAGCAAAGGAUGCAUUAGAAAAAGAGAAACAGAGAGGAAAGGCAGCAGUGGCAGAAAUUGAAAAAUCUUGUCAAGAAGCUAGGCAUCAGCUUCAGUUACAAUCUGAAUCUAUAGCUAAAGAACAGAAUGAACUGAAAAACCUGCUGGAAAAACAAGAAGGGAUAUCCAAGCAGCUAGUAACAGAGCUUGAUUCAGCGCGUGACCAAGUCCUGCAGCUUCAGGGUAUUCUCAAAGACAAAGAAAAAAAUGAACAGCAGCUCCAACUGAAGGUAAAAGAACUGAAGGAAUCUUUUGACCAGAAAAAAAAACAAAAUGAGAUACAGCAAGCUGAAUUAAAAACAGCCUUGUUAGAAAAGGCAGAACUGGAAAAUAAAUUGCAGCAGCAAAUAACAUUGUCAGAACAAGACCUUGCUACCCAGAGAAUAAAAAUAACAGAGCUGCAGAAAUCCCAUAAAAAAAUUCAAGAAAACACAGAAAAACUUCAACUGGAUAUUUAUGGUAAAGAAUCUGAAAUCUUGGCUACACGGCAAGACCUUAAGGUUGCAGAAGAGAAGCUGGCUUUGGCUCAAGAAGAAUUGAUUUCAAAUAGAAAUCAAAUUAGUAAUCAUAACCAGUUGAUCAAAGAACUUAAGACUAUAAGAUCUACACUGGAACAGGAUGUGUCCAAAAAAGAACAGCAGCUGAAAGAGCAAGAGAAGUUGUUACAGGAAAUACAGAAAGACAAAGAUUUAAAAGAAAAAGAUUUGGUUAAUGAAAAAUCGAAAACUUCAGAGCUGUAUAACAUAAAUUGCAAACAAGAAAAAGAAAAUGUCAAACUAAGAGAUGAAAUUAGACUCUGCAAACAAGAGUUUGAGAAGGAGAUAUCAAAUCUAAAAGAUGCCAAACAGCUGUUGAUUAAACAGAAACUAGAAUUACAGGAGAAGGUUGAUAAUUUUAGUACAGCUCUUGAACAAGAGAAAAAAACCCAGGAAGUCAUCAAAGAUCAGUGGAAAAAGAGAGAAGGAGAAUUGAAGAAGAAAUAUGCUGAGAUAGAAGCAAAACUGCAAGCUUUGGGCAAGGAAAAAGAUGAACAGUGUAAAAGUCAUGAAGAGGCUGAGUGUAAGCUCAAUAUGCAGAUAACAGCACUGAAUGAAAAUCUGGGGACAGUGAAGAAAGAGUGGCAGAGUAGCCAAAGAAGGGUUAGUGAACUGGAAAAACAAAUAGAUGAUCUGCGUGGAGAAAUUGCAGUUCUCGAAGCCACUGUACAAAACAAUCAGGAUGAGAGAAGAGUAUUGCUAGAAAGGUGCCUUAAAAGUGAAGGAGAAAUUGAAAAGCUUCAAAGCAAACUCAUGGAUGCACGAAGAAAACUGGAUGAUACUACUGCAGCCAUGCAGGAGCUAGGGAGAGAGAACCAGUCACUGCAGAUCAAGCAUACACAAGCAUUAAAUAGGAAAUGGGCUGAAGACAACGAAGUUCAGAAUUGCAUGGCUUGUGGGAAAAGUUUUUCUGUAACAAUAAGAAGGCACCACUGCAGACAGUGUGGAAAUAUCUUCUGUGCUGAGUGUUCCUCAAAGAAUGCCUUAACUCCUUCUUCUAAGAAACCUGUUCGUGUCUGUGAUACUUGUUUCAAUGAUCUACAAGGAUAAUUACUCACAAUUCUUACAUGUUAUGCUAGAGUAACGUUUCUGUUAUGCACUUCGUACAAUACAAUACUACUAUUUUGGGUGGGCACCAAUUGUAACAGUUGGCAAAAUUAUAGUAUGUGUUUAACUGAUAAAGUCAAACAAUUGUACUUCUUGUGAGGCUGAAGUUAUCUGUGGCUUAUUUGGUUUUGGUCCAAGAGAGCUUCUGUGUCAAGUUUAUAAGUCUCCAGUGACUUGUAAAUAAAAUUUAAAUAGAGGUUACAAUGUAUUUUUUUUUAAUUCUAAUUUGUUUGUUCAGAAAUAACCCCCUUUAAAAAUUAUUGCAGGGAUUUUGUGUUUCAAAUAUUGCUGCGUAAAUAUAACUUAAUGAUUGCUUGGAAAUGUGUAAGAUAUUAGUAGCUCAAACAAGCAGCUUUCUGUGCCUGUUUUUUCUUUCUUUUCCCUCUCACUUUCACUGUGAGUUCCUUUUUAUGAUUGUGUCUAGUUAGUGGAAAACUGCCUUGAACUCUUAAGAUUGUCAAGCUGUUUUACUGUAGUAUCAUUGUACAGUAUACGUCACAGAAAAUGAAAAGCAAUCUCGAUACUAUAGCAUAGAUCUGAUAUUUCUUCUCUAAGAAUAUGCUGCAUCCUAUUGAAAAUAGGUGGGCUACAUAGUCUUUGAUAUGCAAAUUCCUGUUUGUAAACUUUUGAGUUAGAGAUGUAUUUUUGCCUCUUGCCCUCUUAAAAGCUUGUAUGCUCCUUUACAUUUCUUUGUACUAUUCAAAUAUGUUUGCACUGUUCUCUCUUUUUUAUUCACAGGAAAUAUUGCCUGGAAGAUCCAGGCAUAGAAAAUUCUGGUACUUAAAGAUAAUGUAGUUAUGAUAAUUAUUAAUUAUUUUACAGUUCCACUAUUUUCAGUGUGCAUUUUCCCCUUUUUAAUUGUAAUUAGAACUCUAUGGGUUUGUCCUCCUUAAAAUUUGGAGUGAAACUCAGCACUGCUAAAGAUUGAAGGGAAACUUAAACUCUCAGUAGUUUGUCUUGGUUUGUCUUGGUUAAUUCAUUUUAUGAGAAUCCUCUAAUCGAGGAGUUCAUUAAAAAGUGAUGCCAUAUUUUGUCCAUCUGAAAGUUAGCUAAAAUUACUGUUUUUAAGCUAGUAGGCAGAAUAUGAUAUUUUCCCUUUCAACUGAGAUUGGGAUAAUACACACACACACACACACACACACACACACACGUCUAUGCACACUGUGGUAAUACAAAAUAAUGCAUUGGUAAAAUCUAGAUUUACUAAAAUGUAAGGUGAUAUUUAAAAUCAACUUUUUUUUAUUUGUAACCUGUUUGCAUGGAAGAUGAGUGCAACUGUAGACAUAGAAAUGAAUGUGGAACUAGAAAGAAAAGGAAUACAAAUAGUUUAACCAAGAUAGAUUGACAGAGGGGGCUUUCCAUGUAGAAGAUUCUAAUCCUAGUAUUUAUGCCUCCAAAUAAAGAGUUCACAGGUCCUAGGCUUACACACCAUUUUUUUUCCUUGUCUGAAAUCCUGGAGAAUCAUUAGUUGUGGAUUAUACAAUUUUGAAUCAAUAGAUUAAAAGUCUUACAGGUUAUGAAUCAGCUUUAUGCGGUAAAAAUGUCCAAAUGGUCAGAUAUAAAUAUAAUGUAUGUAGGUCAAAUCUCUUAAGUCAGCUAUUCAUAGAGUGUACAACAGAUGUACAAUUCAGCUGUUAUCCAGCUGUUUUAUUCACUGUUGUCUCUUUGGAAUAUAAUGGAAAAAGGUAAUGUACGAAGUAUUCAUGAUAAGAACUAAAAUUUAUUGGAGCUGUCUUCUGAUUUAUCUUAGUUGAUUAAUUAAGGGUACAUAAAUUAGCAUUUAAAGAAACUGGUUCAGAAGAGGAAAGUAAUUUUUUUAAGGUGAUGUUUGUGUGUGUUGUAGUAGGCAUCAUUUUGGAAAUUGUAUAUAAGAUAAGGGGGAAUUAUUUUCCAAGGUUGUAUCUGCCGCCUGCAUUUUUUCUAAGUAAUUUUUAAAAAGGAUAUUAAAAGCAAGCAAAUUAUCUGCUCCUCAUUUAAGUGGGGAUUUGAUUUCAUUGCAGUCCCUAGAAAUUUUACUGACACACACACGCACACACACAACAGAUAGAGAAAAGUUCACCUUGUCCAGAGAAAGAAAAUGAGGUUGAUCUGAUAGUUUAAAAAUUUGGAUUAUUUGAUUGAAAA